AUGGAGGAGCCGUGGGGAAACGACACCGAGCGACCGUUUGAAUACGUCAAUAACAACGAGUUCCACGGGGAGCUCCACAUCGUGGCGCGGGAGCGGCCCUUCGUGGUGCUGCUGAUCUUCCUGGCCUGCGCCAGCGGAGCGUUGAUGAGGACCAUUUUGAAGGACACAAAUAUUCCUAUUAUUGCCAUUGUUUAUGUCAUUGGAAUUGUCUUUGGAUUAUUGGGCUACUUUUCACUAGAGUUUAGUGUGCUUACAUUGUCCGUCGCAGAUAUUGGUCCUGUCCUGUUUUUUCAUAUAUUUGCUCCAGUUGUAAUAUUUACGGCUGCCUUCGAAAUGGAUUUUUAUGCUUUUCAGAAAACAUUUUGGCAGGUAUUAGUUCUUUCAGUUCCUGGCUUUUUGCUGAAUUGCAUUUUAAUUGGAUGGUUAACUUACAAAAUCAAUAAAUAUAAUUGGUCCUGGGAUAUUAGCAUGCUAUUUGGAAUCAUUCUUAGCACAACAGAUCCUAUCCUGUCUGUCGCUUCUGUAAAAGACAUCGGCAUUUCAAAAAUCAUCAUUAAUCUAAUUAAAGGAGAAUCUUUAUUUAAUGAUGCCACCACAGUAAUUGCUUUUGAGAUUUAUCAGGACUUUCUAAAUAGGCAACAUCUUGAUUUUGCUAAAGAAGUUGUUAUAAAAAUAAUAUUAAAAUGUUUUGCAAGUGUCGUGUUUGGAUUUUUGAGUUCAAAAAUAAUCACAUACUGGCUGUCUCAUAUUUUCAACGAUGGAUUAACUGAAGUAUUACUAAGCUUCUCAAUGACAUACAUCAUUUUCUUUACUGCUGAAUGGCUUGGAAUGUCUGGAAUUCUUUCUCUUACUAUUUUGGGAAUUCUUUUAGAUUCUGUGAGCUUCAGUCCAGGGGUUGAUGAAUUUAUCUUUAGGUUCUGGGCAAUGCUAACAUUUUUGGCUCAUUGUCUGAUAUUUAUUAUCUUUGGAAUUGUAAUAGUUGAAAAAACAUUUGAGUAUAUAACAAUUCGUGAUUUGUUUUAUAUCUUAACUGUCUACCUUGCAUUGAAUCUUAUAAGGGGUCUAGUUAUUUUGUUGCUGAGCCCUCUGCUAAGUCGCCUUGGCUAUGGAUUUAACUGGCGCUGGGGAGCUGUUAUUGUUUGGAGUGGAAUACGUGGGACUUCUACAUUGAAUAUGGCACUUGGGAUUAACAAAACAACAGACGUAAAAGAAGCAAAAAUGCAUAACAUGAUAUUACUGCAUGCAGGAACGGUAUCAUUAAUGACAUUGGUGAUUAAUUCCACCACAGUGAAAAAGCUGGUUACAACAUUAGGUCUGUGUAAUAUUACCCUUCCAAAGCGUAUGGCAAUAUACAGUGCUGUUCAACGAAUAAAAGAAAUGCAGAUCAAUGCGUUUUCCAUGCUAAAACUUGACAGAUUUUUAGCUGAUGCAAAUUGGAACAUGACUGAAGAAGCAAUUCAAAUUGAUUACCCUUAUAAAUUUGACACAGAAGAGGUUUCCCAAGUUGUUCGAAGGCUGAGAUGUCCAGAUUGUAACACAGACAUUUCAUAUGAUACAACACCUCAACAAAUUGCUGACAUUCUGGAAGAAGCCAGAUUACGCCUUUUAACAGCACAGAUAGCCAGUUAUCAGAAGCAAUAUAACGCGGGAAUGCUUAACCAAGAUGCUGCCCAAACAUUAAUAGGUGCCGCAGAAAGCUAUAUUGACGUUAAAGGGAAGUUUAUGAAUAUUCAUGAGGUAAAGACAUAUUGGGAAAGCAAAGGACUAUUUGUUCUUUGUAAGAAAUUGCUUUCUGAUUGGGUUUACAAUGUGAAAGAAGAAAAAUCUAAGCCUUCAAGGAACAAGUUUCUGAAGAUAUGUCAUUUUAUAGUAUUCACAGAUGAAUUUGAGUAUGCAAGUCACAUUGUAACAUUGUUAAACAUAUUUCCUAUGAUAGUUAAUUACUUGCCAGCCUGCCAUGACCAGCUUCUUCAACAACUGAAAAUUUCAAACUACUAUUUCCUUGGGUUGUAUAUGCUUGAGGCAUUAUUAAAGGCUCUAGCCAUGGGGAAGACCUACAUCUUUUACCACUGGAACCAAUUUGACAUGUUAAUCAUAAUAAUUGGACUCAUAGAUAUCUUUAUUAUUAUCACAUUUAAAUCAGUUCACACAUCAUACCAUGUGGUUAACACUAUCAGGGUAUUCCGGAUUGUUCGUCUUAUUAGAAUUCUUCGUCUUUUGAAGAUUGUGAUACCAAAAUUGAUAUACCUGUUGAAUAAACAAAUAAACAAACAGCUAACCUUUAGGUAUGAUAUUGCCAAGGGAUAUGUUCAAGGUGAAGAAGAUAAAAAAUAUUUAAUCGAACAGAUUGCUGGUCAUGAAACUAUUUCCCAGGAAAUAAAUAAAAUUAUGGAAAAGAACAAACAAGAUGCAAUGAAAGAGCUAGGUUUAAUGCAGCGUGAUUAUCCAGAUAUUGUUACUGCUCUGAAAACCAAACAAGCAGUUCAAACUGUGCUAAACACAGCUUCAGAAACUCUUAAAGUCUUGAUAUCAGGAGGAAUUGUUGAUAAAAAUGAAGGAGCCAAAAUAGAGAAGAUGAUUCUCAUUAAAAAAAAACAACUGGGAACUCUUCCAUCUACUAUUGCACCACCCACUGCAGAGGAACUUCUACGAAAUAUCAGUUGGUUAGAAAAUGAAAAGAAACAAAUUGAAUUCAUUCAGAAAAAAGCAAGAGUUCUUUGCUAUGAUUAUGGAGAUGUUAUAUGUGAAGACGGUGAAAUGCCACAAGGAAUCCAUCUAAUUAUUUCAGGAAUGACAAAGCUUUAUGGUUCCAGUCCUCGGUAUGGAAUUGAUGAAGGUGUCUGUGAGCCUAGAUAUCCUACAAGAAUGCCAUUUACAGACUACUUGGUCAGUGGAGCAAUAAUAGGAGAACUGAACUGCCUAACUAAGCAUGAAAUGGAAUACACUGUUACUUGUGAAACUGCUGUUCAGACCUGUUUUAUAUCAAUGGAUGACUUAUUUGAAGCUUUUGAUAAAUUUCUGGAAUGCCCUUCACUGGAAUAUAAAAUAUGGUUAAAACUUGCUCUUGAUAUCACUAUCAAAACUUUCAAGGAAAACCUUGCUCAUCAGGACUGGUCUUACAAGAUGUGUACAAAGUUUCCUAAUAUUUAUGUGAUGGAUGUACCAACUCACAGCAAAUGUGAUAUUUACGAUGAAAACAUGGAAGAUGUUAUUCUUGUAUAUGGAAGUGUCCAAGACUGUCAAGUGCUACAACCUUAUUUUGCACCCUGCAUUUUACCAAAAACUUGCCACCAGGUACAAGGCACAGCUGCAGUAACAAAACUUCUAGUUGUUCGGACUACUGCCAGCGUGAAGAGGAGGAGCAGUAGAAGAUGUAGUAGCAUCUGCCAGUAUCAUUCAUAUAUUCGUAGACGGGCCACUGUUGGAAGUAGUAUAAAAACAGACAAUGAACAGCAGAUUCCAGAAGACUCAGAAUCAGAAGGUUCAACAGAUCGGGUACAGUCCUCGAUUGCCGUCUCAAUUUUGUAAAGGCUGACAGAUGUCCUGGUCACAUCCACCUGAUGCAAGACAAACCCAACAGGAAGGCCAUGAAGGAAAUAGGUUGCAAAUAUACAAAUGUUCAUACCCUAAAACAAAAAACAGAAGCUGAUUUUGUAGAAUUGAUUUCCAUAUUGUAUUGUGAAAUCCAGUAUGUUCCGGUUGAUGUGCAAAAACUAUUGAUGUUCUACACAACCUCAGAGAAUGUAUUUCUCUUUAGUUAGUAGCAGAUAAAGUUGAAGCAUCAGUACUUGUUUUUCCUUUUUCACCCCUACUUCCCAUAUAAUUUUGAAAGGUUUAUUAUGUGUUCAUCUGUUUGAUCUUUACAAUGCAAUAAAACCUACAAAAUAAUUUUAAUAUCAAUAAAUACAUUUUUAGAACCUCUGCUUCAUUUAUGUGAAGCACUUUCAGCUCCUUUUUUUUAGUCCCCAAACUCACACUAUACCUUAGCUGUAAGUGAAUUAGUUACAGUAUUGGUUCCCUACAAGAUAGCAUUUUCUAUAGCAAUUAAAAAUUGCCUGGAUCAAGCUAAUUAUCUUGCAUAAAAAUGUUGAUUAGUUCAAGUAGCAUAAAAUGAUUGAAUGCAUAUGAAUUUGGGUUAAUCAAACUGCAAACUGAAAAGCACAAAUUAUAAGUUUACUUCAACUCUUAAAAACAAGGAACAAAAACUCCAGAUGAUCUGAAGCAUCAGUACAUAGCUGUGGCCUCCACAAGAGCCUUCCACUUCAUGUGUGCAAGAAUGCUCACUUAUGCAAACCAUCCCUGCACAAAUCAGAGAGGAUUUGCAAGCUGCUGUGGGAAGACUAAAUGAGAGAGCACCCAUCCCACUAGCUGUGCAUUUAUUUAGGCCAAUAAACAGAAACCUAUCACAACAUAUCAUAAGCCUGGCAAUCAAAUUUUUGGUGCCAUGCAUCUGACUGAGAAGCACAUUUCAUCCAUAAGGACAUGGACUUGUUUAAGAUUUAUAACAUUUUUUGCACUGUUAAAAGACAGCACUCAAAGUAGAUGUAACAAUCUACACAGUCCUCAAUUUCUCUACAACAAGGCUUCAGUGUUAGCCUAACUGGUCUCUUUGUAAUCCUUAUAAAAGAUUAACAGUUUCCUCUGACUUCCAGAACUACAAACAGAUUUGAGAUGUUCCAUCAAUAUCACAGUUUUCACAGAUACCAAUAAAACAAUGUUUAACCUCCAUCUAUUUAAAGCUUCUUCCCAUCGGGACUCGACUCCUUUGAAGGUACAGUGAAGGACAAACUCAUGACUAGUAUCAUGAACAAGGGAAAAUGAAGAAAAGGGGGAAGCAACAUAUAUCUGCAGUUAUACUUUUCUUCUCAGGGUGAGAAUUACCCUCCAUCAUUGGAUCUGGGCAUUCUAGAGAGAAUAGUUUCUCUGGGCCUUUUUUCAAAGUUGGUCUUUGACAAUGCAUCAUCAUCUCCACUGAGAAGUGUCAAAUACUUGGUCAAAGAUCCUAGUAGGGAGACCCUAUCUACCUAUUAAGCAUUUAAGUAGUACUUCAGCAUCCAAGUGUGAACCUAUGCCAUCUUGAUGGAGUCCCAGCAAGCUGGCUAGGACACCACUUUUUAUGACUUAAGACUUGGGGCCAAGAUGAAGGCCCACCACAAAAAAUAAUUUUUCAGGGACUCAGCAAGAUGGAGCAGGAUCACAUUUGA